UUUAACCAGACGUUUACACCGCAAAGCUUCAGCGCUGCACGUAUGACUCACUCAUGUCUCAGUGUGGCUUCCUGUUCAGAUAUGUCACCCGGUUCUCUGGCUCAACAGUCUCUGCACAACUCUUUAACCUCAGUUAGCAGUCUAUUGUUCCUGCCUUUUACAAGAGUCCCUCAACAGAUUCAACCUGAUUGAUUGUAAUGAGUUUGGGGAGCUCAGACAUGGCUGGAAGUGCGUUGGGACUGGCCUCCUCUCUCCUGCUCCUUGCCUCUAUGAUACAAGGGCUCCAGGAUGUUGAGGUGUUUCAUCAUGAAGAGAUGGAGGCACUAGUGGGCCAGAAUGUUACUUUACCCUGCACUGUAAGAAAUACUGAUCUCAAGAUUAUCAGCAUUGAAUGGAAAAAAAGGCAAAACAAAGACAUAAAACUGGCGCUGUACAGCCGAGAUUAUGGAGUCAAUUACUUCUGGUCUAAUGUCAGCAUCCAUACUCAGAAGGAGUCAAUGGGCUCUUUACAGCUUUCUACAGUUUCUAAAUGGGACAGUGGUAUCUAUAUUUGUGACCUUACGAUGUUCCCUCAUGGCACGAUCAGGAAAGAAACAAAGUUAGAGAUCAAAGAUGAUGCAAUACAGUGUGAUGUUGAUAGCACUGUUGAGGUCCAUACUGGUGGAAAUGUGUCCAUUAACUGCACAGCGCCCUCAGAUGCUCAGUACACAUGGACCAAGGUAAUGGAAAUCAGAACAUUUAUGCAAUCCAAGCAAAAUCUGUUCCAGUCACUGAUAGUUGAAUUGAUUUGUUACCUCUGUGGUGAAAAUAAUGCAAACCAUCCUUACAAUAUGUAUGUCAUUUGCAUGCUACAUAACCCUGUUUUGCCCCAGAACAAGACGGUGGUGUCCGUGAAUGAAUUUCUGCAGCUUUGGCAGGUAACUGAAGCUCACACAGGGGUUUAUACACUGACUGUCAACACAGGAAACCAAACCAUGCAAAAAGAGUUUAUCAUCACAGUGCUCACCGAAACCACAAGCUCAAGUACAGAUCUUGUCACACUGUCACCACAAUCUAAUGGAACUGAGACGGGUUUGAUCCAAACAAAAGACAGCAACUUAACCACAUCAGCGACCACUGGGCUUCCAACUGUAAACAACACUUUGCCAUGGACCAUGAGAGAUUUAACAUUUAACAAUUCACACCCCACCAAUGUGUCAACCCCAUUUAUAAAUGACACACAUGUCAGUGUCACAUCAACCCCUGACCCACAUCACUUUAGCAAUUCCAGCUAUCAGGAGUUAAACCAGACUGACAGCUUGAACGCGUCCACUUCAGUGGCCAGAGAUCUAUCCACAACAGUAAGUUAUGGCAGCACGUUGUUCGGCUCAACACAGGAGAACAGAAAUGAGUCUAUGUGGGGCACUGGACACCCUGAUGGAACCUCAACCAUGAGCACUGGAAAUAAAACCAUGGUCACUGAGAAUGAAGGUGCCAAAGUUGUCCGCAGUCAUCUGUUGUUGGUGUUAAUAAUCAUUCUAUUGCUGGUAGUGAUCGCUGCGACUGGAUUUCUCUACAGGAGACAUAUCAUAAAGAAGAGGCUGGAUCUACCUCCUCCGUUCAAACCCCCUCCUCCUCCUGUCAAGUAUACUGCAGCAAGACAGCGUGACAUUUACACACAGCCUUACCCCACCUCAAGGUGCGACUCUGUGACUAACAUGGACGUGUGAAACCAAACGAUAUCAUUUCAUGCCUAAAAUAAAACACGACAGGAGCGGAUAAUUAAAUGUAGUAAUGUUGGACUAUGGUGAAAGCUUCAACCUGUGUAAGUAACAUGUAGAAUUAUAACAAGGUGUAUUGUUCUCGAUUGUAAUUGUUUUAACACAGUUGCAGGCAACUGUGCAAGUGUUUGCAAAAAAAAAAAGUGUUUUUUCCUGGGGAUGCUAUUGUUUUUAAAAUACUUGCUUAUGCUUUACUCCUUAUGUCUUUAAAUUGGUGAUAAAGUGUGUCAUAUAAAAAAUAAAAGACGGUUUUGCUUGACUCUGA